AUGAAUGGUGUCACCAGUAGUGAUUCCUCUGUUAGCUCUGUGAAAUGUUCUGUACAUUUGGAAAUGACAAGACCAUAUUCCUUUAUUUCAGAUGCAGACCAGUGUGAAAGAUGCCCAGAAGAUCACUACUCAAAUGCAGAAAAAGACCAGUGUCUUCCCAAACAUUUCAGCUAUUUAUCCUUCAGUGAACCCUUGGGAGUCACUCUGACUUCCCUGAGUCUUUUCUUUUCAGCAACCCUCAUAUUUGCGGCAGCGACUUUCAUUCUUCACUGGGACACCCCCAUUGUCAAAGCCAACAACAGGAACAUCACAUGCAUCCUUCUCUCCUCUCUCUUCCUCUGCUUUCUGUGCUCCCUAUUGUUUUUUGGGUGGCCUGGGGAAGUGACUUAUCUUCUCAGGCAAACCAUCUUUAGUACCAUUUUCUCCAUCUCUGUUUCCUGUGUCUUGGCCAAAACCAUCACGGUAGUUCUGGCUUUCCUGGCCACUAAGCCAGGAAACCAGAUGAGGAAGUGGGUAGGGAAAAGACUGGCAGGAUCCAUCAUAGUCCUGUGCUCCUUCAUUCAAAUGUUUUUUUGUGUAGUAUGGGUGGUCACAUCUCCUCCCUUCCCAGAGUUGGACAGGCACUCCAAGACUGAUGAGAUCAUUGUGCGAUGUAACGAGGGCUCAGAUUCCAUGUUCUAUGUUGUCCUGGGCUACUUGGGGCUGCUGGCCACCAUCAGUUUCACUGCGGCUUUCUUUGCCAGAAAAUUACCUGAUACAUUCAAUGAAGCCAAGCUGAUCACCUUCAGCAUGCUUGUGUUUUGUAGCAUUUGGGUGUCCUUCAUUCCAGCCUAUCUGAGCACCAAAGGGAAAUACAUGGUGGCUGUGGAGAUCUUCUCCAUCUUGGCCUCGACUGCAGGUCUCCUGGGCUGCAUCUUUCUUCCCAAGUGCUACAUCAUCCUCUUGAACCCACAUCUGAACACAAAAGAACAUCUGACUAAGAAGGGAUUGUAG